AUGCCAUCGAAAUUUCAAAAUUACCUGCACAUCGACAAGUAUAGUUUGUGUACGAGUCCGAGCGCAUCCUACUACUCGUUCGUCGACCGGUCCAGCCGCGUUUCCCGUCCAUACGGAGAAGCCGGACUGUCGAGUCGACCCUCCGGGAACUCCGAAUGCGAUGGACGGUGCCACGGCAAAUACCUCAAGCACAUUUUCGACGCGCUCAAGAGGAAGACCAGCUCCGAAUUGGAGGAAUUCAUCAACGUCAAUUCGGCGGCCAGCGAAUUGGAGUGCGAAGUGUCGGAUUUUUCGUUUGUGAACGGAUCGUUGGAAGGUGGAUUGCGGGAUUUUUGCAGUAAUUAUCAAGUGUAUGGCGUCAGCACGUCGGAUAAGCGAAUUGGAUGCGAUUGCCCCGAAUUAGAGGAAGUUUAUUCUAAUAGUUACAGAGAUAGACAAACAGUUGUGACUUGCCCCAAUUUAAUCCCGCCCGAAAAAACAACACCGGAGCCGCAAAAAAACCUAACAGAUAAAUCGAAUAAGGACAUCAAGAAUCGUCCUUACCGAGAAGUGUACGAAGAAAAAUCGGACAAAACCGGCUUCCUGGACAGAGUGUACUCCAUGUUCAGGGGUAAAAUAGACUCCUGCGCUUGUACGGAAGCGUCUCAGGACCCGAAAAGAUUCAGCGAAGCGAACGGCAAGGCCAAAUGCAACUCGUUGAAUCGCUACAAAUGCAACCGAUGCGGCAAGCUCGAUUUGGAGAAAUUGGACAAGCGAUGUCCGAAGUUGAGGCUCGAAGAGGAUGCUUUGUUGUUUCUGCUGAAGCUGGAGGCCAAGCAGAACUUUAAACAAAUCAAGUCCAUUCAGAGACAGCUAAAGUGCCAUCUAGAAAAGUUAAACGACAUGAACCAAAAAUACGUGAGUCUGGUGAAAAUAAUUGCUCCUGAAAAAUUAGAAAAAACGGACAUGUACAUAUCAACUGAUACUGUUUUUACCAGAGAUCAACAAAGCCAGAAAACCAGCAUCAGUUGCGUCUGCGCAACGAAGAAGAAACCAAGUUUCAUGUGUAGAUUGUUCAAAAAAUCAAAGUGCGAUACGAGCUGCAAAUGCUGUGUUCGCAUGACUCCGGAUAAAAGCAGAUGCCAGCAUUUCAUGAAAAAAGAGAAACCGAAGAAAACGAAAAGCGAGAAAUUAAAAAAGCACGAGGAUAAGAAAAAGGUGCACUCGAAGGAGUGCGAAUGUCCUUGA